UAAUAAUGGGCAUCGUUUUCCGUGUCUGUCCAACGAAAUAAAACCCUAAUUUCCCUCUCUCUUCCAUUUCAUUACUCCUUGCAUUAUUCUCUCCCUCACCUCUCUCGAAACUUCCAGUUAAAUGUCGACGGCGACGGAAUCCCCGGCGGCCACCGCAAAAACGACGGCGUACGAAGGUUCCGGUGGAGCCGGUGGGAAGUUUAGGAAACGACCUGUCCGACGGAAUCAGACGACUCCGUAUGAUCGUCCACCGACGGCUUUACGAAACCCUAGUUGGCUUACAAAGCUUCUUUUUGAUCCGGCGUCGAGAUUAAUAACUUCCGGUGCUCAACGGUUUCUUUCUUCGUUGUUCAGUAAACGUCUUCCCCUUCCUCCGACAGCAUCACCUCCAGGACCAAGCCAAGAAUCACUGAAUCUACCUCAGGAGUCAUGUCCCAGUGAGCAUGCUGAAGCACUGGUGGUGGCUGGACAAGGAGGUGACUGCAGCUCUGGGGACGGCACAUUCUCAGAGCUUGAGCAGCUCUUGAAGCAAAAGACAUUUACAAGAACUGAGAUUGAUCGCUUGACAGAACUUUUGCGCUCAAAAGCUGUAGACAUGCCUAUGGGAGAUGAAGAGAAAAGAGACGGGGCCAUUCAAUUGAGACCUGCAUUGGAUUCUUCGAGCAGCUUACUGGAAGAAAAUAGGUCCGUGAAGGUUAUAUCCGGCGGAUAUGUCGCAACUCCUGUAACAAAUUCAAGGAUUCUUGAAGAUGAUAUUGCAACUCCUGCAGAGCUUGCAAAAGCCUACAUGGGGAGUAGGCCAUCAAAGGUGUCACCAUCAAUGCUGAGCACGCGAAGUCAAGUUUUGAGAGAAGAUACAUCACUGCUAACAAAUGUGCAAUAUGUCCAAAGAUCACCCAUUCCUUCAGGGACUACCAAGACUACUGGUUUUCUUGGGAUUCGAGAAAAUGGGUUUACCACUCCAAGAUCUCGUGGCCGAUCUGCUAUAUACAGCAUGGCUCGUACACCAUACUUUCGAGCUACCAGCUCAGAGAAGUAUCCCUAUGGUGGGUCUUCAUCAUCUAAGUCUGUAUCGGAGCAAGAUCUACUUUUUGGUUCUAAACAGGCCCUCAAACGAAGGAGUUAUGUUCUGGAUGAUGAUCUUGGAUCUGUUGGUCCCAUGCGUAGGACUAGGCAGAAGCCUAAUCUUCUAUCUUUUGGAACUUCACAUCCCAGCGCAAAAGUUGCUUCUGCAGUUAACCUGCAUCCAGAGGUACAGAAAGUUGUUGGAGAUUUUGAAGAUACCAAAACCACGCCUGCAAAGCAUGUAGCCGUCCCUCCCAAAUCCAGUGAGACUGCUGCAAGGAUAUUGGAGCAACUUGAAAAAAUAACCCCAAAGGGAAAAUCAUCAGAAUCCAAACUAGCUGCAGGGAAAGAGAAUAAAUUGACACCAAACAUGCUUCGUGGACGAACUCUUAGAAGCUUGGAGGAUUUGGAUUCAUCCAAGCUGCUGCAGAGUGCACAAGAUAGCUAUAAGUUGGAGAACUGGUCUAAAAUUUUUUCUCCCAACCCCAGUGAAUCAAAGCAAGGUGAAAUUAAACAAAAUGGACAUAAGAGUUCUGUCAGCGAGUCACCUAGUAUAGUACAAAAGGAUACAAUCUUUUCAUUCAAAGAUACUCAACUGAUUGUUGAAACCAAUUCCCCGGAAAAAGAUAUGUCAGCAGCUCAACCUCCUCUCAAGAAACGAGCUUUUAAGAUGAGUGCAUAUGAGGAUUCCUUUGAGCUAGAAGAGGACAUAAACUCUAAUGGGCCUUCAUCUCAAUUAGUUGAAGGGAGAGAGAAGUUGGAAAUAUCUGCUGCUGAUCCCACAAGCAAACCUGCUGCUUUGCUGGAAGUAAAGACACCUCCAGGGGUUUUAGGCAAAAAAUCUGAUAUGGGGACCCCUGAAACUGGUGCAGCCGCUGUCAAGAACACCAUAUUCCUGUCGACACGUUCCCAAUCGCUGAACUCUAACCUACUGCCUACUGCAUUUGACAAAUCAAAGGAGACGAGUAUUGACAAGGUUCCACCAUUUCCAUUUUCGCCGUCAACCUCCGUAAUGGGGUCAAAGCCAGGAAGCUCGAGCAGCCUGUCCAAUCUAGCGUCCAGCACAACUGAUGCUCGGCCUAAUCCUUUUCAGUUGGAUAACUCACAGAAGGCUAUGGAAAACAACGGCAAAUUAGAAGCAGUACCAACAAGUGGUAUUUUCUCGUUUGGUGCUCCAUCCAGCACUUCAAGUAAUGGACUGUUUGCUACCAGUCCUGCUUUCUCAGCCACCUCUGCCUCGACAUCCGGUAAUUUUAAAAAUGAUGUUUCGACUAGCAGCUCAAAUGUUGUUGCUCCUUUGACCAGCAUUUCAAGUACGAUUGGUGCCACAACAGGAAGCUCUACCGCCUCUUCUAGCAGUCUCUUUGGUUCCAGUGUAGCAUCCUUAGUUCCCAAGGAACCUCCUGCCAAAUUUGGUUUCUUGGCGGUUCCGCCAAAAGCAGUUUCAGAACCAGCAACAACUUCCACUGCAGAAACUAUAGAUGCGAAAGCCAAAUCGGAGACUGGAACUACUUAUGGAAACUUGAAGUGUUCGCCUUUUGGUGGCUCUACAAGUAGUAUUUUUGGUGUUAGUUCAUCAGUAAUUUCAACAGUUACUACAGCUAGUACACAGUCUCAGGGUUCUGUUUUUAGUUCGGGAGGUGAAUCACUUGUUAAUGCAGAGACUUCUGUUGGUGGAUCUGGCAUUUCUGCUGUCUCGGGGAGCAUGCCUACUCCGUUCAGUUCAUCUACUUCAUUGCCAUCCACAGCAAAAUUUCCUGUAUUUGGUCCUGCACCUGGUACUACUGGUCAAGUUUCUGCUUCUCCUUCAAAUAAUGAUCUAGUUGGCUCUACCAAUGCUGCUUCUGGAAUAUUUAGUUUUGGUGCUAGUUCAUCAGCUUCCAGGGCAGCAGGCAGUUCAAGUGGGCCUACCAAUGGGACAGCCCCGUUGGUAUUUACUUUUGGUGCCAGUUCUGCAGCUCCUCCUUCAAAAGCCAGUGUACCUGCUAAUUCCAGCAGCGCUACUCCUGGGAUAUUUGGCUUUAGUGGUAGUUCAUCAGGUUCCUCAACAAAUGCUGUUAACAUCUCCAGCAGCAUUACCCCCAGUAUAUUUAAUUGUGGUGGUAAUUCUUCUUCUUCAUCGACAAAUGCUGUAAAUGCUUCAGCUACUCCCGCCAUAUUUAAUGUUGGUGGUAGUUCUUCAACUUCCCCUGCAAAUGCCGUGAACACCUCCACUAGUGCUACACCUAGCAUCUUCAGUUUUGGCGCUACUUCCUCAGCUCCCUUGACAAAUGCGGGUAGCAUUGUCAAUCAUAGUCCAUUCAACUUCAGUGCUACUUCAGCCUCUUCACAAGCCUGUAGCACUGCUGGAACUUUUGGAUCUAGUUGGCAGCCCCCAAAGUCCACUGGCUUUACUUCCUCAUUUAGUUCUUCCAAUCCCUCCGGUGGGUUUACAUUUGGAGCAUCUUCAUCUUCUUUUGUUACUCCAAGCACUUCACCAGUGGUCUUUGGAUCAACCCCCAGCACUGCUAGUGGUUCUACUUUUUUGUUUGGUUCAACUUCCUCCACAAAUUCACCCUCACAGCCCAUGUUCGGUAAUUCGGCAUUUGCCGCAUCCCCAGGAAACAAUGAGAACAUGGAAGACAGCAUGGCCGAGGAUCUUGUGCAGCCUCCUGCACCAGCAGUUUCUUUUGGGCAGCCUUCUGUCUCUCCCUUUCCAGGUGGCUUUGCAUUUGGUUCAGCAGCGAGUACAUUCCAGUUUGGCGGCCAGCAGAGUCAGGCUGCUCCCCAGAAUUCUUCUCCUUUUGCAGCAUCAAGCAGCUUAGUUCAGGCAGCACCACAGAAUUCUUCUCCAUUUGCAGCGUCAAACAGCCUAGAAUUUGGUGGUGGAGGGAGCUUCUCGUUGGGUAGCAAUGACCCUGACAAAUCAGGCCGGAGGAUUGUGAAAGUUAAUAGAAGCAAACACAGAAGGAAAUUCGAACACUAAGCACAGAUCUUCGAUUUGUUGAUAGAUGUCGAGUGGCAAGAGACAACUUAUCAUUUGAUUAUAUAGCGCAGCAAUCAAAGGUCACAAUUUUGUUUACAGUUUUUACAAUACAUGAAUGAUUUGUAUUGUACGCGUAGGGUCUAUGACGGGUGUCUUGGUUCGCCAUAUUUGUUUAGCCAGCUUUGCUUUCUGUAGUACUUCUGCAUGUACAAUAGGAGGGAAAUGAUUGUGCCUCUAAACAUCUUUUUUCGAUGGAUCUACAAGUAUAAUAAUCAAGCGUAUCAUCCAUCCCA